AUGUGCCUGUUGCUGGACAACAACCCAUGGAACGAUUUACCUCUGUCGUUGAGAAGACUAAACAAUGAGACGAUUGGGUCGGACGAUAUGGCAACUCCAGGAAGCAUACAAGAGUCAAGUGCAGCAAAGGAACCUAUUUGUCCAUAUCUUAUUGAUGAAUCCUUGACCGGGCAAUAUGUUGCUGGAGUGUUUGAUUCUUCUGGUGGUUGUUUGGUUUUACCGCAAACUGGAGCAAAACUGUGCAUUCCUCCAGGGGCUAUAAAAGAAGGACAUCGUCAGCCUAUAUAUAUGUUUGUCACUUAUGAAAAUGAAUAUCAGCCUCAAUUAGAAUCAAAUGAAAUUGCUGUUACCCCUACUAUAUUUUGCGGUCCGAAUGGUUACCAAUUUGAGAAAUGUGUUUAUUUAAGUAUGACUUGUCAGCCAGGGACGGGAGUGGAUGUAAAGUCGUUAAAUUUUUGUUUUACAUCUACUGAAAUUGAUCAAAAACCUGUCUGGGUGAAAGAUCAACACGAUUUUUCAACAUUAAUAGAUCAAAACAAUAUUACACUAAUCACAUGCGAUUUCAGAGGAGUUAAAAUUACAGCACGUACAGAUAGAAAAUGGUUUGGUGAUUGGCUUAGUGUUUUAUUUGGUAUUUGGCAUGUUGUUACAACACGUUCAGAUGGUGAAUGGUUUAAUCUUAGUGUUUUAUUUGGUGUUUGGCUUGUUGUUACAACACGUCCAUAUGAAGAAUGGUUUAGUAGUUGGUUUAGUAGUUGGCUUAGUAGUUGGCUUAGUAGUUGGCUUGGUAUUUGGCUUAGUGUUUUACUUAGUAUUUGGCUUGUUGUUUGGUUUGUUGUUUGGUUUAUUAGUUUGUUUAGUGGUUGGUUUACCGGAAAGACACAAGAUUGUAUUGAACUGCAUUUAUUUCUUCAGAAAUGUAGAGACGUUGUGAAAUUACGAAUACAUGGCACACCUCUUGGCAUCGACUGGCAAUGCAACUCAAAGGAGACAUCAUUAUCAGAACGACGAGUGGCACAUUCAAAAAAAAUCACUCUACAUAAUGGUAACACGGAUGAUGCACAUGUGACAUGUAAAACCCAUGAUGGUUGGUUAAUUUUAUCUGAGGAACGUGAUUCCAAGACAUUGGAAUUAAACUGCCAAAAAGUUUUGGAAACAGGAUCUGACUAUGUAGAGUUUGUAUGUGAAAAUUCAAAUACAAGUACGAACCGAAAAUUUAUAUGUGAUGUUACAAUACAGCAAGAAGAAGGGGAGUCUGUAAAAUUUACUGUAUAUGAAAAUUUUGAUGAUGAGAAAUCUAUUGCACCAUCUCGAAAAUUUUUUCUUGAAGUUGCAAUUUGUACAUCGCUUGACAAAAACGAUAGAUGGAGGCAGCUUUUACAUAAACUUGGUGUACACGAAAGGAACUUGCAUAAAGUUAAAGGAAGUCCAACAUGUCAUAUAUUGAACUCAUGGAAAACUAUGAAGGAGGCUGACUGUGACAAGAAGUUGAAAGUUCUGCAAGAAUUUCUUGAAGAAACAGAUCCAGAAUUAGCACAAGAGUUUAAACGUAAAUUAAAAGAUUUCUUAAAUGAAGGUGCCUCUUCGUCAACGAAUACAGAAGAUUCAAGAAAAACGGAAUUCAAAGCAAUGCUCUUCAAUAUAGCAAGGGAAAUAGGUAAAUUUAAAAACAAUGAAUUCAGGGCGAUGCUAAAUGGCUACAAAAUGAGGACAAACGAAACCAAAAGUCAUUCGGCAUCAUUAUUCUUGUCACCUAGCAACAUUUUGCUUCCUGAAACUGUUGAUUGGAGAGCUCAAGGUUACGUCACAGAAGUUAAAGAUCAGGGUCAGUGUGGAUCUUGUUGGUCAUUCAGUGCUACUGGGUCUUUGGAGGGUCAGACAUUCAAGAAAACUGGUAAACUACCAGAUCUGAGUGAACAGAAUUUGGUAGACUGUUCCACAACACAGGGUAAUGCUGGAUGCAAUGGUGGUUUAAUGGAUCAAGCGUUUGAAUACGUCAAAGUCAAUAAUGGUAUAGACAGUGAAGAAUCUUAUCCAUAUGAAGGCGUGGAUGGUGACUGUCGAUUCAAAGCUAGCGAUGUUGCUGCCACCUGCACUGGUUACACUGAUGUAGAGAGUGGGAGCGAGUCAGCAUUACAACAAGCUGUGGCCUCGGUAGGACCAGUAUCUGUGGCUAUCGAUGCAAGUCACCAAUCAUUUCAGUUUUACUCAAGUGGUGUGUACAUUGAACCAGAAUGCAGCAGUACAGAGUUAGACCAUGGUGUAUUGACGGUGGGAUAUGGUACAGAAGAUUCCUCAGAUUACUGGCUUGUUAAAAACAGCGAGUCAAGAGAUCAGAAGUUGCCAGGGGCAACAGGGUUUUUUGAAUAUGAUCUCCCAGAAUUCACCAUGGUUGGUUUUACCACCUCGAUAACAAAUUGUCGGUAG